UGGUAUUCAUAUUGUGUGCAGCCAUGAAUGGAUGUAACCGAGUGUGCAACGCCGUCACGUCCACAGCCACGUGUCCAUGUAUGUACAUUUGCGUGUCCGCCUGAAUGCCCCCUGUCACUCAUAUAUCUUUCUCUCUACAUGGGGGCCACUCAUGCGUCCACGAAUUGAUACAUGUACUCACACGUAGACAGAGAAGAGGAAGUACUGUACACCAUCGAUUGGCAGCAUCAGGCACAGGCAAACACGCUGGCAGAUCCCACCACACACACACGUCCCUUCCACCCCACCCAUCACAUCCAUCCAUCCAUCCAUCCAUCUGUCCGUCCGUCCGUCCGUCCAUCAGCCAGCGGACCAGCCAGCCAGCCACUCGCAUCACCCUCUAUUGGUCUGUGUUGUGGGUUGGUCUUGUUCACGUGUCGUCCAUGUCUCCCCGCUGCACCUUGACGGCCCUGGGUGCCCACUGGCCGAUGGCGGCAUUGGCGCGGCUCAUGUAAGCCGCGGCCGCACGACACGGCCGCACUGUCCUCAGGCGGCUGAACCCCUCACUCCUCAGCUCAUAGCUGUCCCCUCGCACAUAGGACGAUGACACGCCAGCCGCACCCUCACCGCCACCACACACACCGCCCUCCUGCUGCUGCUCACCAGCCGUGGCCUUGUGGACGUCCGUCGGCAGGCCGGCCACGUCGUUGUGCUUGGGGAGGGGAGGGGAAGGGGACACGACGACAGCAGGCUGCCCCACGAACGCACCGGCAGAGAUACCCUCCUCACCGCCCACGACACCACCGAUAAUGCCUCCUCCAUUCCCGCCACACCCACGUGAGCCAUCCGAUCCCCCUGCUGCCUUGCCGUCCUCUUUGUGUACUCCGCUGCUGUCGGCAGUGUGCUGGUCGGCCACCUGCUGGGGCGAGGGGGGGAGGGGGAGGGCGGCAGACGGCGACACACGAGCAGAUGACGACUCAGGCACAGCGGUAUCAACGGCCAACUCACGGACAGCAGCACGAGUACCCACCACAGCACCAUUGGCAGCUAGGCCAGUGGACUUGUUGUUCUGUCGCGUCUUGCGAGCGGCAGAGGGACGGCCGGCAGAGAGGCCGCCGAGCAGCUUGGGGUUGCUCUCGAUGAGCCGCGUGUACUCGGCCCUCUCCUUGUCCUUCAGCGACUGGCGGGUGCGCUCCCUGACGGCCGUCCGCUUUGCAAGCCGCUCUGCUGACGCCGUCUUCAUCGCUUGGACGGUCUGCUGGGCCGCAUGCAGGGCCUCCUGGGCACCGGUGGCGCCGAGGACGACCAUCGGGACUGACGAGCGCUGGGUGCGAUGGGUCUGCUGGGCUUUGGGAGGUCCCCUGCCCAUGGUGAUGCUGCCCAUGUAGCUGGGGCGGCCUGUGUAGAGCUGCAGAUGACCGCUCUUCGACAGCACCGGCAUAAUGACGGCAAUAAGAUGACGAUAAGAGGAAAUAUCAGACGACUGGUCGAUUGUCCUUCACGAGAGCUCUGCUGAACGCUGAUUUGCGCCUUCAGAAGAGCUUUU